CCGCCGCUUCCUGUCUCUCUCGCGUGUCUUUUUGUUUUUUGUUUUCAUUGAUUUGAAACAUGGCGUCCGAGGGAGAGGCGGGUAACGCUGCUGCCACCGAACCGGAGAGCGGAGAGGGGGACGCUGCAUUUGGAGAACUACCCGUCAGCAUGGAUACUGAAUCUUCAAAUGGCAAAGAGGGAAUGGAGGCGGCCGGCGACGGCUCGGAAGCCGCCGAUGCUCUGACCGGAUCGGGAGACGAGGAGAGCGGGAGGCAGCUGGGGGAGGUGGAGCUGCAGUGUGCCUUGUGCAUGAAGUGGUUCACUGCAGACACGUUUGGCAUUGACACUGCGACCUGUCUUCCCUUUAUGACCAACUAUGUGUUUCACUGCAACGUGUGCCAUCACAGCGGUAACACGUACUUCCUCAGGAAACAAGCAAACCUGAAGGAGAUGUGUCUCACGGCCUUGGCAAAUCUCACGUGGAGAUCCAGAUCACAAGACGAGCACCCAAAGACCAUGUUCUCCAAAGACAAGGAUAUCAUACCAUUCAUUGACAAGUACUGGGAGUGCAUGACCACUCGUCAGAGGCCGGGGAAGCUCACCUGGCCCAACAACAUAGUGAAGACAAUGAGUAAAGAGCGAGAUGUCUUUCUCGUGAAGGAACACCCUGACCCCGGCAGCAAAGACCCAGAGGAGGAAUACCCCAAAUUUGGCUUGUUGGACCAGGACCUGGGAACCAUUGGACCCUCGUAUGACACACAGAAACAGGCCACUGCUGCUCCCACAGCCGGUGGGCUCAACGGUGGAUCCACUUUCUCAGGUGCUUUGGCCCCUGGUCCAGGAAAAGGAAGAGGAGCCAAGCGUAAGCAGCAGCAGCAACAGGAGGGCGCAGCUGCAGGGGCGACGAAGAGAGCCCGCAGUGACCCUCUGUUCUCGGCCCAGCGGCUGCCGCCUCACGGUUACCCGCUGGAGCACCCCUUCAACAAAGACGGGUACCGAUACAUCCUGGCAGAACCAGACCCUCACGCACCGGACCCCGAGAAGCUUGAGCUGGACUGCUGGGCCGGCAAACCCAUACCCGGUGAUCUGUACCGGGCCUGUCUGUAUGAGAGGGUGCUGCUGGCUUUACACGACAGAGCGCCCCAGCUGAAGAUCUCCGACGACCGACUGACGGUGACGGGGGAGAAGGGCUACUCCAUGGUGCGAGCCUCACACGGCGUACGGAAGGGAUCCUGGUUCUUUGAGGUUUCUGUCGAGGAGAUGCCGACAGAGACCGCAGCCAGGCUCGGCUGGUCUCAACCUCUCGGUAACCUGCAGGCGCCUCUGGGUUAUGACAAGUUCAGCUACUCGUGGCGCAGCAAGAAGGGCACGCGCUUCCACCAGUCCUUAGGGAAGCACUACUCCUCCAGCUACGGGCAGGGAGACACCCUGGGCUUCUUCAUAGAGCUGCCCGACGGCACGGAGACGUCCAAGGCUCUGCCGGAUACCUACAAAGACAAGGCGCUCAUUAAGUUCAAGAGCUACCUUUACUUCGAGGAGAAGGACUACGUGGACAAAGCAGAGAAGAGCCUCAAGUCGAUGAGCCCCAGCAGGAUGAUCUUCUAUAAAAACGGAGUGAGCCAAGGAGUUGCCUUUGAAAACCUCUUUGAAGGCCUCUACUUUCCCGCCAUCUCGCUCUACAAGGGCUGCACGGUCUCAGUCAACUUCGGGCCACAUUUCAAACACCCGCCGAAGGACGUCAAGUACCAGCCGAUGAGCGACAUGGGCUGGGGAGCUGUGAUCGAGCACACGCUGGCCGACAUGCUGUACCACGUGGAGACGGACGUGGACGGACGACGAAGCCCGCCGUGGGAGGGAUGAGGGCCGGCGUCACUACACCAUCUCUCCUCCUUCAGGCAGUCAAAUGAAAAGCUCCGCACGCGGCGCCAAGCGUUUCGUUAACUUUGCGAACUCCGUCAGCUGACGCAACGUAACAGGAAGUUAAAACCUAUUGAAUUUGUCCCACACUGAUUACACCAAGCUGUCGAUGGAUGGCCGCAUAUCAUUUGUAAGUCUUCAGCCCUGGACUUCUAACAACUGAACCAGCUGAUUUCUGUUGGUCUGCGUUGAAAUAUGAAUAUUUUGAAGUUGUCGAGACGGAACUGGACGUCAGUUAUAACAUAUAGCUGCAGCCGAACAGAGCCACGUCGACAUUCCCCCCCGUCGUUCUGUAGACGAGCCGUUGCUGCAGUCGUUAGUGAGAUCCGUCUUUUUUUAAUUUGUUUUACAAUAUGUCAGUUAGUUACUGUUUUAUACUUCAAUAAAAAGAUACUGCGAGGA